AGGGCCAACGAGCAAACAUGGCGUCGCCUGACUUGGAUUGUCCAACGCGAUUCAAGCUAAGAUAUCUUGGGCGACACGGGAACCAUGACUUGGGACACAGCAAUUCGAAACGACGGGAAUAAUGAUAUUUUGGUCUAGUUUCCAUCCCAGGCGUAAACUUUCAGCUUCCCGAACGCGUGUGGCCUCAAGAUCGAAACCCUCCCGAUGUCAUCGCAUCCUCUGGCGACGGCUACAUCCUGGACACCCUGACGUGGGGGAAUCCCACCAGACGACUUCCUUUUUCAUCUCAGCUUCCUUCGGUGACGCAUCGAAAUGCUACCGAUGUGCCGCUGUACCAGGCCAUGACAUUACCAUGCAGACAACUUUGCGGCCCAAUGAGACAGGGAUGGGCCUCGUUGGAGAAACGGUGCACAGCAGGAAAAGGGCAACUUUGUGGCCUCUACGCUGCCUUCGCCCGACUACUUUGUACGAGCUACCACCACGUACACGCAGCCUGCUGAUUUCCUUUUCUCUCGCAUCUAUUAUGCUAAUUUCUCCCUCCUAUCUCCUGAGUGAGGGGAACACCACAUUCUUAUCCCUCGCAUUUUGAAAAUGCACUUUUCCGCAUCACCCAUGCCGCUCGUGGUGUUGCCUCCGUGAUCGACCCUUUCAUACCUUCGUGCUGCACCUUAUCAAUCCACCUGACGCGAGGGGGAAUAGAUGUCAACAUCUCAUUGGGGAGCCCUCUCAAGUGUCCCAUCGGCGUCCGAAGAGGGUAUGGGUCUAUAACUAUUCCCGCCUUUUCUGCUGUCUAUUUCACCGUCGCUUCGGUCUGCCACUUUUCGUCGUCUAUUUGCUCGGUAUAUACGGCUACCCUUUCCAUCGCGCCAACAGCCCAAUUGCUCUGGUUCCAUUCAAUCUUACACACUCCUCGUUGUUUGCCAUCGUACAAGCGAUCUAGUUUGAGCUUUGCGGAAGUUCGCAUGCUGCGGCGGACUGCAUAUCCAAUAACAAUAACAUCGGCAACCGGCAACCGGCCAUGACUACCAACCCGGCUGGCAAGGCCAUGCGGCCAAGGCUGAACACCACGACGAACUGGUCCUUGCCGAGAGAUCAGGGGGGCCGCCCGGAGGCGGAAGAGCUUUCCCCGCUGUCACCAAGGCGGGCUGCUGGGGAGUACGACUGGGGACAACAAAAGGGGAGCCAUGGUUAUGGAAACCGGGUGGAUGAGCAGCAGCAGCAGCAGCAGGGCUCGGAGAGCUUGAUUAUGGAGACGCUCACUUCCAAACCUCGCGAUAGUCUGGGGAGCAUGCCGUCUGACAUGUUGGAGGAGUUGAGGAAGAUUAUCAAAGAAGAAGUUGCCCAAGUCGCUCAAGUUGCUCAACUGAAGACCAAUGAGACUGGCACCCCCGUCGACGCAGCGCGGUUUCCCCUCUUAUCUAGCCAGAAUCCCUCCUUUACGCCGGCGUACCCCAGCCCGCCCCCUUCCAUUAUCGACACAUUCGGCGCCUCCAAGAACUCAUCGCCACGAGAUCACAGUCCGGAGCUCGCACACGCAAAGCCUUCAUCGGCACCUCCUCCUCCUCCUCCUCAACAACCAUCGCCGCCAACGUCGGUUCCCGUACCUGCGCCUCAGUCCACCCCGCCCAUCAGACCCCAGCAAAGGGGAGUUCACUUUAAAAAGAGGGCAUCACCGGUCAUUCAUUGCCAACCGCGUGUUGAAACGGAUAAUGAAGACGAGGUCUCGCCGACUGCUCCUACGUCGCCGCGAGUUGAGUUGAGUAGUGUUGACAAGGCGUGGGGUGUGCUGUUUGACUCGGAGGGAUAUCCUACCAAUCGACUGAACAGCGUGCUCAGGGGCCUCGCUAAUUUUAUGGUUACGGAGUUUGGGUCACCAGACACACUCGUCGUUACUCCUGAUAAGAUGCUGAUGCUGUACACCAAAUACAAAGUCGAGCCUGAGAGGUUCCAAUAUGAAGACAUCUUCAAGUCUCGGUCCAAAGACGCAUUGGAGCGAAUCGAGUUCCUGUACCAAGAUCUGGACUGCCAAUACCACCUCGUCCAGGCCGCACCCAGAUCUCACCCUAACAUCCCUGGCCUGACCCCCGCAGGCUUCGCGAAAUGGAUGAUCAGCAACAUCCUCGCCUACCCAGACCCGGAAGCUAGACGUCUACACGCCAUCAUGACCGCCCUCCCCAUCAACGCCGACGGACCUCUCCUCAACGGCAAACCAGAGAGACUCCCCAGACAGCUAUCACGGCAUCUCUUCCCAGAGACCCACGACAAAAAGGUCCGCAAGAUCAUCGACGAGGCCAUGUGGGACUGCUUAGAAGACGUCGCGCCGCCCCUGCCAUCCAUCCCGAAGUCUCGACCGGCUCCACCGCCCCAGGAUAUGACCAGGCUCCCGGAGGCCAACACGCACACCCGCCGGUCCGGAAGCGACCUCCCCAAGCGCCCCGCGUCCCUCCCGCACCGAUCCAGGACAUACGAUCGAGAUGCCCACCGCGUUGAGCCGCACCCGGCACGUCUCCCGCGCGCCAACUCGGACGCGGGCGUUUCCUUGCCCAGACAUCGUGACUUGCCUCCCCCUCCAGUCGGUCGGCACUCGACUUCCUCUCAACGACAGCGGAGCCCGCCGCCGACGAACAGGUAUACCGCUUCGCUGCCAUCUAUCUCGCAGCACCACGUCAGCGGUGGUGGCGGCGCUGCGUCGCCUUCGCCUUCGGCGUAUGAAAUCCGCGGUGGGGCUGAUGCUAAUUACGGGGUGUAUUCUGGUCGAGACCGGGACGGACAUCGCGGCUCGGAGUCGAGGGAUGAGUCGCCGCGGUCUCCGGGAAGUGGAAGACGCGGCGGGGUGGGUGAUAGAGGCCCUACGUGGGAGGACGUGUAUAGUCGGAAGGGGUCUGCUGGGGGGAGGGGGUCGAGCGUUGAUGGGGGAUCUCAUCGGUCGUUCCGGUGA